AUGCCGAUCCUUGGUAAUGGUAGUUCUUCGGAGGAUUUCACGGUUCAUAGUAGAAUUCUUCAAGAUGAUCCGAUCUCUCCCUUUCUUUUUCUGAUUGUUGUUGAAGGCUUAAUGAGACUGAUGCGGAAUGAAGUCAAUUUAAGGAAGUUUAAGGGUGUCAAGGUGGGUGAGAUGUUUCACUUAGAAUUGCUGCAAUUUACAGACGAUACAAUGGUAUUAUGCGACAGAAAGUGGACAAAUUUUUGGAGUUUGAAAGCUAUCCUUAACGGUUUUCAGAUGGCGUCCGAUUUAAGCCUUAAUAUGAAUAAAAGUUGGGUCUAUGGUAUGAUUACCUCUGCAGACUUUUUAAAGGCUGAUGUUACUUUCCUUGCAUUCAAAGUUGGGAACGUACCGUUUGUGUUUUCGGGUUUGCCGGUUGGACCUAAUCAUCGAAAAAAGAUCACUUGGAAUCCCAUUAUUACUAAGAUGAGGUAG